AGGCCGUAUUCCACUCACUUUGUUCUUCGCCUUUGUCCUAAUCCGCACCAGCAGGUGGAGCCGCAGUUAAAGUUUCUGAGUUCAUUUCGGGAGCGGGAGCCCAUCUUGUUCGUUGCCGUAGCUCUCGCUGGAGGAGGAGGGUCAGAGCUUCGGUGCAGCCAAUAGCGGCCAACGCUGCUAGUUAUCAGAGCAGAAUGGGCUGUAGUUUAGUGAAAUAGGAAAGCUGAAAACACUGUGGAGUGCGCCCGUGUAAAUAAAAAGGAAAAAAAAGUUUCUCAAGUCGCCGCUGCACGACGUCGGGCAGCGCCGGGGCGGGGGUCUGCGCUCUCCCGAGCGGCCGCGCGCUGGACUUUAUUGUGCCGCAACAAGCCCGCGUUACCAUUGUUUGUGUUUUUUUCAAAAUAUGGCAAAGGUUCAGGUGAACAAUGUAGUGGUGCUGGAUAACCCUUCUCCUUUCUACAACCCCUUCCAGUUCGAGAUCACCUUCGAGUGCAUCGAGGACCUGUCUGAAGACUUGGAAUGGAAAAUUAUCUAUGUGGGCUCUGCAGAAAGUGAAGAAUACGACCAAGUUUUAGACUCUGUUUUAGUGGGUCCUGUUCCUGCAGGAAGGCAUAUGUUUGUAUUUCAGGCUGAUGCACCUAAUCCAGGACUCAUUCCAGAUGCAGAUGCAGUAGGUGUAACAGUUGUGUUAAUUACAUGUACCUAUCGAGGUCAAGAAUUUAUUAGAGUUGGCUAUUAUGUAAAUAAUGAAUAUACUGAGACAGAAUUAAGGGAAAAUCCGCCAGUGAAACCAGACUUUUCUAAGCUUCAAAGGAAUAUUUUGGCAUCUAAUCCCAGGGUCACAAGAUUCCACAUUAAUUGGGAAGAUAACACAGAAAAGCUGGAAGAUGCAGAGAGCAGUAAUCCAAAUUUACAGUCACUUCUUUCAACAGAUGCAUUGCCUUCAGCAUCAAAGGGAUGGUCCACAUCAGAAAACUCACUAAAUGUCAUGUUAGAAUCCCACAUGGACUGCAUGUGACCACCUACCAUCCCUUUAGUAAAAAUUAAGCUAUAAAAACACACAGAACUAUUUCCCUGAAAUUCCGUAAGUACAUAGUCAAGACACAAUGUGAAGAAUUUGUUUUAAAAACAUCCUGUAGAAAGUUUAUAAGAAAACCAGUAUUUGAGCAAAUUGUGGAAUAUAAAUACAACUAUUUUUAAGUAAUUUUUUUCUCUAAUGUGUUAUUUUAUUUGUUCUGAAACUAAUAUGAUUAAAGCAUAUAUAUUCUUCUCCUCUAUAAUGUAAUUAAAAUACUUAAAAGAAAAACCAUGAAUCAUUAGACCAGGUUGUAGAAAUGUCUUAGCUUCCUGGAUGAUAAUCUUAUGGGCCACUAUUUUACUGGUCUGGAAAGAACAAAGUUCACUUCAACUAAAAUGUUUCUUUCUGUGAAAACAUAACAGUGUGGUUUACUUUAAGGGGCAAAUUUCCAUUCUUUUUUCAUGUGUCCUUAGAAGGGGACAUAUGAAAUCAACUAUAUGCUACCAAGGACUUCAGGAUCUGAUUUUCCAGGCUACCCUGAAGCCUCUAUGGCUACUAUUGCAGUUCAUGUAAUGUUGGACAGCUUUUGGUUUAGUGUCUAAGAUGAUAACAAAUGUCGUUAAUUGCUUAUAAGGUCCUCCUCUGGCUAUGGUUUUUGUUUUUAUAACAGAGCUUAGGAUAUCAGAACACUCCCUGAAUCAUACAUUAUCAUCACCUAGUGAAUUGAACUUGUCUAAAACAAAUACAAUUCCCUAAGUUUAAGAAUAGGAGAUUAUAAUGUUUCAGAUCUGUUCAUUUAGAUUUACAAAAAUACCAUGAACUUAACUUUUGAAAAAUUGUUUUGAUAGAUCAUCUGUUGCUGGCUGCAUUUAUAUAAAAACAGUGGAUUUGGAAAAAAAUAUUUAGCUUUAACAUCAUAGAUAAGUUACUAUUUUGGAAAUACGUAUUUUUCAUACCUGUAGUACUCUUCCCCACAUCCCCUGACACUCAUGCGGAAUAAAAUUAGGCAUAUUUGUGGUUGAUAUACUCUAGAUAGCUUUUCUGGGUCAAUUUUUAAAGCACAGUCUUGGAGACGAAUCCAUUAACUAGAUGGGUCAAAAGGUUCUUUUUCUUUGGUGAGAACUAGGUCCUUCCUCAAAAAGUUUCUUAUGCUCCAUUAAAUUAAGUAGAAUAUUUUACUCUUGCUGCUAAGCAAGACAAUAGCCAUAUGAUGCAAAGUUAUGCAGUGCCUUCAUAUCUAAAAUUUUUAUACUACACUUUUUAAAGCUUUUAUUUUGAGGAAGGGAAAAGGACAUCUGUCUAAACAUGGAUUCUAAGUUGUGCCUAUUUCCUGUCAUUCUAAAGAAGUUAAUUUGUGAAGCCAAAUUUUGCUAAAUGUUAAACUUUGAAGUUUAAUAUACCAGAUUAUUUAAAGAUUGUCCAUUAACCAGUUCAAAGAUUUCAAAAGUAAAAUACUUGUGACUGUUAAAACUAUAUGAAGAAAAAUUUAAUUUUUGUCUAACUGCAAUUAAAAGAAAAUGUUAAAAUAUUACUUAAAAUGAAAAUAAAAUAUUUUCCAAAAAAGAGCUCAGUGAUUAAUAUAACAGGAACACCAACAUGUUAUAUGCUUGUUAGAAAUAAAGCAUAUAUAAGCCAAAUUGCCAAAUAAAAUAAUUCACUG